GUAAGGCUUCAGCCACUUGUAGCAAAACAAUUCUCACGUGGCAUAAUGCUCGCACAGACAUUUGCCUCGUUGGAAAAUCCAGUAAAAAAUCAGUGAAAGAAUUUUUUUUCUUGGGCAAUGGUAAACAGACCAACGCACGAUGAGUAAUAUUUGAGAAACGCAGUCCAACCAGAGAAGGACGAUUGGCGAUCCCCGAAAAAGCAGUCCAUUGGGGGGUUUGGUUGGAAGGGAUUAUUGCUCCAAGCGAAAAAGCGCACUGCCCCGAAAUGCUCCGCUGGGCUUUCUGAACCCUCUCUUUUCCAAAAGUGGCCACCAUUCCAUAACGUUUGUCCUUUUCUAGUUUUUUCCCUUUUUUUUUCGCCCAUCAUUUGGGAGCCAUCCUUUUCAAGCUCCUUCUUUGUUUCAUCUUUCCUUUUCUUCGUAUAUCUCGUUUACUACAAGUUGUUAUUUCCAUAUGCGUAGACACAGAAAGGAUUCUUACCAUCUUUUACUCCGCGAAAUUCGACGUCUUCGUUCUGAAAAUGCGAUGCUUCAAUCGAGCGUUCAUUUGCUCAAGAAUGACCUUGCCAUAGAAAGAGAGUCUCGAAGAAUCGCCGAUAUUGUUCAUCAAAAGUUUUACGAUGAGACCAUGGACAAACAUGCCAAAAUGGAGAUCGAUGUAUUGGACAAACAAGACGAAAUCGAUGCGUUGAAAUCCCAACUUGAACAGGUGCAACCCGACUCGAGUCUCACCUAUCACGAUGCAGCGUCAAUAAAGAAAUCAUCUGAUAUCUGGCAUUGCAAUAAUUUUGAGGACGAAGUCGAGAUGGUGUGCAGUCUCCAUAGUUCAGACCUCAAUCAAACAGGGGUCCGUGGUGAAACGUUGCCUGCUCCGCUCGACGACCUAGCUUUACAUCAUAAACAGGAGAUACUGGAAAGCGAUGACGACGAAGACGACGACGACGAGGAAGAUGAAGAUGAAGACGAUACCAACGUCGAUCGAUUUAAAGAUUUGGCCGCCUCUUACCUACGGCAAGCGUUAAUUUCCAAUUUAACCAGUGCUCGAGCCAAUCUGGAACUCGAUGAUCUCAUGCUGAAAUACGACCCAUCCCCCUCCAUGAUCUUGCAUACCUUGGCCGACUCUUUUAUUGUAUGGAUCAAUGAUACAGUAUCCGACACAAACUCGGCGGCCGCGGCCAAACUCAUUGUCACACGGGUACGAGAAGGGUUCUUGCAGUUUUGGAAAGCGAUUCUAGAACGACAUAUCAGAGGCGACGAAGAACAAUAUCAAUUUCUCAACGAAGCCGAACGAGCUAUUUAUUCAGAAAGCAAAGGCACGACCUCAUUGGUGGAAAAUUUCCACCGUCUGUUGGUCAUGCUGUAUAAAUAUGACAUUGUGGAUGGCGAUGCGGUCAUUACCUGGUGGCACGAGCGUUUGGCGGAUGUAACCAAUGAGAAACUCGGCAACAAGCUAAGGGACGUAACACGGAAAUUUGUGGAGUGGGUGGAUGAAGAGGAAGACGACGACGAGGACGACGACACGAUGAGUGACGUGGACGAUGCAUUGAACAGAAAGACAUCCGGGGGCAAUGUGAAAGACGUGAGCGAAGAUGAAGCGAAUCCUCCCGAAGCCAUUGCGGCGAUGGAUGAAGCCGAGCUGGUGAAGAGCGUCAACACAUUACUAGAAGAGAGUGAACGAUACUGUUUAUGUCAGUUCGAUGAAGAUACCCAUCACCACCAAGAUGGAUGCACUUGUGAGGAAACCACCCCAACUGCGUCUGAACCGGUCCCGCCACAGGUCGUCAAAAAAUCUGUGCGUAUUCAACUGUAAAUAUCUGCAACCCAUCACCCCUAAAGCUAAGCCAGCGACCCAUCUAGCCACUCUAAUUUGAACAAAACAAUCAACUGGAAUUUAGAAGUACAUAACACUUUUCAUAAUAUAUAUUCAGAACAAUAAAUCAACGAAGAAAGAAUUCGACGACUGAUGGCCUCC